UAUAUUUUUCUCUCUCGCUCUCUCGCGCAGUCUCUGUGCCUUUCUCCAUAUUCUUCAGUCUCUGCCCACAGAAACCUCUCUCUCUCUCUCAAGCCUCGCGGUCGUUUCAUCCCGUUCGUCGACUCGUUUGCAAAAAAAUGCUGGCGGUGUUCGACAAAUCCGUGGCCAAGGGCCCGGACGCGCUUCAGAGCCCGCACUCCGAGGCGGUCUCCGCCCUCAAGGACGGCUGCCUCAGCAACCACUUCGCCGGUGUCCACCCCGGCUCCGUCACCGUCAACCUCGGCUCCGCCGGCCUCAUCGCCUACUCCCUCGAUCGCCAGAAUCCCCUCCUCCCCAGAUUGUUUGCGGUCGUGGAUGACAUCUUCUGCCUGUUCCAAGGACACAUCGAGAAUGUUGCUCUUCUGAAGCAACAGUAUGGAUUGAACAAGAUGGCGAACGAGGUGAUCAUCGUCAUUGAAGCCUAUAGGACUCUGAGGGACCGUGGCCCUUACCCUCCGGAUCAGGUUGUGAGAGACCUGAACGGGAAGUUUGCAUUCAUUCUCUAUGACAGCUCCGCAAAGACUACCUUUCUCGCUGCUGAUGCCGAUGGAAGUGUUCCUUUCUUUUGGGGAACCGAUUCUGAAGGGAAUCUCGUCCUCUCUGAUGAUGUGGAGAUUGUCAAGAAGGGCUGCGGGAAAUCUUUUGCUCCAUUUCCUAAAGGGUGCUUCUUUACAAAGUCUGGAGGGCUGAGGAGUUAUGAGCACCCCCGGAAUGAGUUGAAGCCAGUGCCGAGGGUGGACAGCUCGGGUCAAGUGUGCGGAGCUACCUUCAAAGUGGACUCGGAGUCAAAGAAGGAGACCAGUGGCAUGCCUAGAGUUGGGAGCGCUGCGAACUGGUCCUCACACUACUGAGACCCUCUGCUCCAUUGAAUGGCCUUUAGUUCUACAUAGGGCCUUCACUUGGUUUUAACAUGUCUUUUCGUGUAUUUGUAUCUUGACAAUCUUGCAGCCUUUUAUUUGGUAUUAACCCUUUUCAUGUUGAGGGGUAUAAAAAGAAACUGAGGUAUCAGUUUAUGCGGCUGUACAUGUUGCUUACUGUGAAGACCAAGGCUUUGGUGAACUUUGUGAUAUCAUAUCAUAUGGAAUAAUACCCUCUAUUCGAGUUA